AAAUCGUGCAGUAAAGCAGACGACACGAAUCAAUAAUCUUUCAGUUUAUAAUUGAUUAAAAGCAAAGUUAAGCAGUAGAACAGUAUGUAAUUUAUGUUAGAAGUAUUAACAAAAAUAUGACUUAAGUGGUAAUAAUGGAUUUGCGAAGAUUUUUUGUUGUUCUGGCAAUUGUAGCUACUUAUUGGGUUAUAUCAAUUGGUUUAGUUAUUGCUAACAGUAAAUUGUUGGGACCCAAGAAAUCGGAAGAUAUAUCUGUUUUUUGUGCAUGGGCUCAAAGUGCACUUGGGUCUCUUAGCACUUGUAUUGUUAUCCUACUUAGGGGUGACUUCAACACAAAAGAUUUUUCAAACAAGUAUGUUGUUUUACAAUCGUUUAGCCAUAUUCUCAUGUUAACCCUCAAUAACUUUUGUCUCAAGUUAGUUGGGGUUGUCUUCUAUCAAAUUGCUAGAUCUCUAACGUUGCUUUUUGUGGUAUCGCUAUCUGCAAUUAUACUGAAGAAAAGUAUCUCGUGUUCAGCUUUAACCUGUUGUAUUGCUCUAUCAACAGGAUUUGCCUUAGGUGUUGAUCAAGAAAGAGCAGCUGGUUCAUUAAAUUUAUCAGGAGUUAUUUAUGGGAUAGUUACUUCACUUGUUGUUGCUCUUAACGGAGUACUAACAUCUAAAGCUAUGCAUGCUUUAGAUGGAAAUGCCGUCAAAUUAGCUUUUGUACUGAAUACUAACGCUGCAAUUCUCCUCUUUCCUCUUGUCUUAUUUACUGGCCAAUGGCAAGUCGAGAGAUUAUUUGACAAUUUCAAUGUUAUGCUUCUUGUUUUAACUGGAUUAAUGGCUGCUGCGAUGUCUUGGAUCUCUGCCCUCCAAAUAGCCUAUACAUCUCCAAUUACUCAUCAUGUUUCGGCUUCCGCGAAAUCAGUCGUUCAAACAUUCAUUGGUUCAAGAAUAGAAAAAGAGUCUAGGCCUAUUCUCUGGUGGUUAUCCGUCCUUAUUGUUGCGUCAGCUUCAGUUUGCUACGCUCUAGUUAGGACAAGAGAAUUAAGAACAGUUGAAAAAAAACAACCAAUUUCUCAAAAUAACAAUGAAAAACAUGCUAAAGCUUGA